AUGGCAGAAGGCACUGUUACCUUCUUUGCGGAGAAGUUGAGCAACUUGAUUUUACAGGAAGCUUCUGUAUUUGGGCAAGUAGAAUGCCAGAUAAAGCUGCUGCGCAACGAGCUGGAGUGGAUGCGCCUCUUCCUGAAGGAUGCGGAUUCAAAGCGCAUAUACGACGAAAGAAUCAAGCUGUGGGUGAAUCAGAUUAGAAACGCAACCCAUGACGCUGAAGAUGUCAUCGACGAAUUCAUCGUCAACAUGGAUCAUCGCCAGCGAAGACUCAACACCCUCAAGCUCCUCAAGUGCCUACCUACUUGCGUAGGAUUCGCUGACAAGUUACCCUUCAUCCACGAGCUUGACAGUCGUGUGAAAGAUAUAAAUGUGAUGAUUGGGGCGAUUAUGGCUAAUAGAUCCAAGUAUGGUCUUGGAGAUCUAGUGGCUUCCAGCUCAUCCACGACUGAUCAGGUUGCGGCGCACAAGGAGAAGCGGCCCCCAGUAGUUGAAGAGAGCGAUGUAGUGGGGAUCGAAGAUGGCACCGAAGAGGUGAAGCAGAUGCUGAUGAAGGAAGAGACGCGGAUAUCAGUGGUGUCCAUCGUGGGGAUGGGCGGCCUAGGCAAGACAACUCUCGCCAAGAAAGUUUAUAAUCAAAGGGAUGUCCAACAACACUUUGAUUGUAAAGCUUGGGUUUAUGUGUCUCAAGAGUUCAGAGCAAGAGAAAUUUUGCUCGAUAUUGCCAAUCAUUUUAUGUCUCUCAGUGAAAAAGAAAAAGAGAUGAGAGAGAGUGAGCUUGGCGAGAAGCUUUGUGAAUACCUGAAGGAGAAGAAGUACUUGGUAGUCAUGGAUGAUGUAUGGAGCAGUGAAGUUUGGAGUCGCUUGCGCUCACAUCUUCCCGAGGCUAAGGAUGGAAGCAAAGUUUUGAUCACUACUCGUAAUAAAGAAAUCGCUCUGCAUGCCACUUCACAAGCAUUUAUCUAUGAACUUCGUCUGAUGAAUGAUGAUGAGAGUUGGCAGCUUUUUCUCAAAAAAACUUUUCAAGGAACAAGCACACCUCAUACUCUAAGUAGGGAGUUAGAGGAACCGGGAAAGAAAAUUGUGGCAAAAUGCAAAGGUUUGCCUCUUGCGGUUGUGGUCUUAGGAGGCUUACUGUCCACAAAAGAGAAGACACAACCAUCAUGGGAGAAAGUGCUUGCAAGUAUUGAGUGGUAUCUGGAUCAAGGCCCUGAAUCGUGCAUGGGAAUUCUUGCUUUAAGUUACAAUGACUUGCCCUAUUACUUGAAGUCUUGUUUUCUUUAUUGUGGGAUUUUUCCAGAGGAUUCUGAGAUUGAGGCAAGUAAGUUGAUCCGUUUGUGGCUGGCUGAAGGCUUUAUACAGAGAAGGGGAAAAGAAACACUGGAAGACAUAGCCGAAGACUACAUGCACGAGUUGAUCCAUAGAAGUUUGAUUCAAGUGGCUGAACGAAGGGUAGAUGGAGGAGUGGAGUCUUGUCGCAUGCAUGAUCUCCUUCGAGACCUCGCUGUUUUAGAGGCCAAGGAUGCAAAUUUUUUUGAGGUACAUGAAAACAUUGAUUUCACAUUCCCUAUUAGUGUUCGUCGGCUUGUCAUUCAUCAAAAUCUCAUGAAGAAGAACAUUUCUCAAUGCUUGCAUAAUUCACAACUCAGAUCUUUGGUUUCAUUUAGUGAAACUAUAGAGCAAAAAAGUUGGAGAUAUUUACAAGAGCAUAUUAAAUUACUUACUGUUUUGGAGCUAGGAAAGACAAAUAUGCUUCCAAGGGACAUAGGAGAACUCAUUCACUUGAAAUUCUUGUGCAUAAAUGGAUUUGGUAGAGUAACGCUUCCAUCGUCCAUUUGUAGACUGGUUAAUCUGCAGAGUCUUGACUUAGGAUAUGCUUCUGGCAGUAUACCAUAUUCAAUUUGGAAAUUGCAGCAAUUGAGACAUCUAAAUUGUCGGUUUUGCAAGGUUUCUAGCCAAUUCAAAACAAGCAAGUGUGUGAAUGGUUAUUUGGGUGUGGAGCAACUCACUAACCUUCAAACAUUAGCUUUAACGGGGGGGAGUUGGUUGGAGGGAGAUGGCCUGGGAAAAUUAACCCAACUUCGGAAUUUGUGUUUAGGUGGGUUGUUGACUCCCUAUUUGAAGAAGGGGUUUUUUGAGUCCAUUACUAAAUUAACUGCUCUUCAAACCUUGACUUUGGGCAUUAAAAAGUAUUCAAAGAAAAGAUUGUUAAAUCACCUUGGAUUAGAGCGGCAGAAGAAUGUCAUUGAGGAGAAAACAUUAUUCCCAGGACUCGAGCCUUUCUCAAGCCACGCCUAUCUUUAUGAAUUAUGUUUGGGAGGGAAGUUUGAAAAAUUACCGGAGCGAUUUGAAUUUUACCCUCCAAACCUCCUCAAACUCGAAUUGUGGGCAUGUGAGUUAAGAGAUGAUCCAAUGAUGAUUCUAGAGAAGUUGCCAUCAUUGAGAAUGCUUGGAUUAUCUUUGGAUGCUUAUGUUGGAAGAAAAAUGAUAUGUUCUUCUGAAGGGUUCCUUCAACUUGAAAGCUUAGAAUUGUACAGAUUAAAUAAAUUGGAGGAACUGACAGUCAAGGAAGGAGCAAUGAGUAGUCUGAAAACCCUAGACAUUUUGAGUUGUGAUGAAAUGAAAAAGCUUCCUUAUGGAUUGUUACAAUUGACAAAUCUUGAGAAAUUAUCAUUGGAAGGGCUAUCAUGCCGCGAAUCAAUUAAAGAGAUUGAAGAAGCCGGGGGAGAAGAUUGGAAUAAGCUUCGUAAAAUCAUGUGCUAA